AGCAACAAAGUAGAGUGAAGAAUGAAUUCCUUUCUUCAUUAUUACAUUUGCAAACAAAACUUCGAUGACUUGACGGAGCAUCCAUGCGAGUAGUCCGCACCUUCGUUAUUUUGUUGUGUAGCUGAAACGCGGUAGAUUAUUCUAUACGUGGGACUUCAAACUAGAUCUCCAGGAAAUGGCCGUAGUUGUUAGCGAGCCACUACGUGAACUAGUCGGUGGAGGAGAAAAUGCCAAAUAUAUUAAGGAGUGUACAGAAAUGUAUCUAUGUGGCAAAGGCAUUGAAAAGAUACGUGGGUUUGAGCCAUUUGUAAACCUGGAGAGCCUGUGGAUUAAUGGCAACAAGCUGAAGAAGCUGAAUAACCUGGACAACCAGAAGCGACUCAAAGCUCUCUAUGCUCAUGAUAACCAAAUCUGCACGCUGAAGGGGAGCCUGAUCGAUUUCAAGUUCCUGGAAAUUUUAGACCUCAGCAACAACCAGCUCCGAGACCUCGAGAAGCAGAUCAAGGUACUGGAAAAGUUCAAGUUUCUGCACGAGCUCAACCUGAAAGGCAACCCGAUGUGCGAGGAGCCCGACUACCGCCAUCUGGUCAUCCACCGUAUGCCGGCGCUCAAGGUGCUGGACCAGCACGUCAUCACCCCCCUGGAGCGGCGCAAGGCGGCUGGGCUUAUUGGCGGCGACGUGGCCACAUUGACCGUGGCGUUCGGCAAGCGGGUGCCACCGUACGACCCAGCGUGGGACGAGAAAGUUGCGGAGCGCUCAAUCCUGGAGCAGGAAAUGUCCAAGGAGGCCACCAGCAUACGUGAGAAUAUGCGCCACGAAGCCUACAUGCGGGAGAGGGGCAUGUUGAUGCAUGACCCCCAUCCAGAGCCCCCUCGGGGUUCCGCACUGCCUCCGAACGCGGGCACAGUGAGGGCCAUGCAGGUCUACAUGGCCCGAGACAAGCUGGUGCUGUACACGCUGCGUGCGGGUCAUGACCCUUUGGCGGGGUUGACGGGCGCGCCUCCAGGAGCACUGACGGGACCCGCCGCAGUGGCGCUCACCAAACCGCCGCCAGGUUCCAUCCGUUUUGAACAACAGGAGUAUGAGCAUUUCUUGCAAGACAAGGCAGCUGGUGUGCCUGGUUGGCAUAUGAACAAGACGGUGGUGCAGCUGUAG